AUGUACCGAGUCGUCCGCUUUCUUCUGAGGGGUUUCUGUGGGAAUGGGAGAACUUUCAGCACUGUGCUAAAGUGUGCCCCAUGGCAACCACUGUGUGGCUUUAGUCUUGUCUCAAACACACAAGUGAACACAAAAUUUGAGGGACUCCAAAUGCCAGGAUUCCAGGAUGACAGCUCCAUGGUUGAUCAGAUGACAAGACUCAAAAUCAAACUACUGGAGAAGGUAUGUGAGAAACUGGAAAAUGAAAAGCACAAAAUGGACAACAGAGCAGAGUCUGCCCAGUCUGCAGGGAUUUAUGAUGGGCAGAUGGAUGCAAUGCACCGUGCACUAAGGCGAAAGCAGGACCUUCUGGAGAGACUGAGGGAGCAGCAUAUGUUAGAGGACCUCAGCAGACCUCACACUUGGGGAGGGUCACGAGGACAGUACCAGCCACAUUUCAUUACUGCUCCUCAGGCGCCUGCACCACUCCCGUCUAUGAUGCCCACCCACAUCCACCACCCAGCGUCUGUUUUGCCCUUCCUCCCGCCUCCACCACCUGCCGUGCCUCAGCCUCCACGCAUCAUCCAACAGACUCUACCCCAGCAGCCUGCCACGAUCAUACAACAGCUGCCACAACAGCAGCCUCUGAUUACUCAGAUUCCCCCACCUCAGCCGUACGCUGCACCACGUUCAGGCAGCAUCAAAGAGGACAUGGUGGAGCUGAUGCUGAUGCAAAAUGCCCAGAUGCACCAGAUUAUAAUGCACAACAUGAUGCUGAAAGCCAUGCCUCCUAUGGCCCUGUCACCACCUAGGGGGCCCAGUCACUGUGCCACCCAUGUUGGGCAGGAUUGUUACCACGGAGACCCUAUUUUUGUAAAGCCAGAUGUCAAACCGAGGGGAAGUGCUGUCCAUCAUCAUCAUCACUAUGGUCCUACCCCUGCAGCACCACAGCUGCCUCUUAUCAGCUACCCUACAUGGUUACCAGCCGUGUCAUCUGUCCCAGCAGGACAAGCAGGGGGGGAUCUGUCCUCCUUACACCAUGUAACAGCACCUAUUACACUCCCACCACUCAAUGCGUAA